ACAUCACAAGCAACUAGGAAAAACACAUCACAACUUUACUACAACGACCUCCUUGACUCGCAAUUGAAAUCGCACCAGCCACCUGCACUCACUGACUCACUGAUUCAACUCUCCCAUCUUCUCCUGGGUCCAACUCUGCAUAGCUUAAAGCUUAAAGCUUAAAAGCUUCAGUCUUUACGAGCUCCAAUUGGAUCUGGGUCACCUCUGAGAUUCUUCACGUGAAAGCAAUGAUGACUCAAGAGAGGAAGCUUCACCUCCACAGCUUCUCAAUUCCCCUAAAGCCCUAAUCUUUGAGCUCCACAAGGUGAAUGCAAAAGAGGGUCAAGUCCUAAAUGAAGCGAAAGUCACAGUUCAAAUGGAAGCGGAAGCUUUUCGCUUCGAUUUUGAUGUGCUUGUGCUUUGGGACCUUGGUCCUUCUUAUGCAUACUCACUACACUCGGAUUAUGACUCUGGCCUCAAUUCGUCCUCAGUUGACAAUCCAACGGCCCAAGAUUGCCUUCUUGUUCAUCGCCCGCAACCGGUUACCGUUGGAUAUGCUCUGGGAUGUUUUCUUUCAGGGCGGGGAGGGUAAGUUUUCGAUUUAUGUGCACUCCAGGCCCGGGUUUCUGUUCAAUAGGGUCACCACCAGAUCAGUUUUUUUCCUGAAUCGUCAAGUCAAUGAUAGCAUACAGGUAGAUUGGGGAGAAGCAACCAUGAUUGAAGCGGAGCGUAUAUUGCUCAAACAUGCACUAGAGGAUCCUCUUAAUCAACGCUUUGCUUUUGUUUCUGAUAGCUGCAUCCCUCUUUACAAUUUCAACUAUAUAUAUGACUAUAUCAUGUCAACCAGAACCAGUUUUGUGGACAGCUUUGCUGAUACAAAAGAUGGCCGCUACAAUCCAAAAAUGGAUCCUGUUAUUCCUGUACAAAACUGGAGAAAAGGAUCUCAGUGGGUUGUAUUGACGAGGAAGCAUGCAGAGGUUGUAGUGAAAGACGAUACAGUGUUUCCUAUGUUUCAGUUGUAUUGUAAGAGGAAGUCGUUACCUGAGUUUUGGCGGGAUCAUCCUGUUCCGGCCGAUAACUCCAAGGAGCACAAUUGCAUUCCAGACGAGCAUUAUGUUCAGACAUUACUGGCUCAAGAAGGCCUUGAAGGAGAAAUCACACGAAGAUCACUGACACACUCAUCAUGGGAUUUAUCAUCCACUGCAGACCGUGAACGCCGUGGAUGGCACCCUAUGACAUACAAAUAUUCAGAUGCUACUCCCAUGCUUAUUAAAUCUAUAAAGGAUGUAGAUAAUAUCUACUAUGAGACCGAGUAUCGAAGAGAAUGGUGUAGCAGCAAGGAGAAACCCUCUCCAUGCUUUCUUUUUGCCAGAAAAUUUACCCGGCCUGCUGCUCUCAGGCUUCUCAACACGACUACACUGGAGCUUAGAUGAAGGACUAAAUUCUAACUGUUGUCAAGUUUACUGUCAGCUAAACCAGAUACCAGUCUCAGCCUAUAUUAGAAUUAUUCAUUACAUAAAAAAGUGUAAAUGUGUAUUUACUAAUUACCAAUGUUGUAUAUGUAAUAUUUUUUUUUUAGAAAAACAAAUAAGUUGGGAAGGCGUUCCACGUGUGACAGAAAUAAAUAAAUAAAUAAUCAAAUUGAACAAAA